CGAUUAAGUGCUCGCUGAUCAGAGCUUCGCUUUUUUUUUCUCUCGUUCCGGAUCUGUCGCACGACGACGAGGCUAACGAACGCCGAUGCAAGUAGUACGUACUAAUAUUUACACGCGUGUGUCAUAUCUUAAAUGGAGCACAUAAGCAAGUCAUACAGGGCUUCUCGCGGGUGAGCGAAGGAUCGAUAGCUGUAUGAAUAACAAUUAUACAACGCGGUGCGUGGAGCAGCGAUACACCUCUGUCGUUUAAUUAACGCGAGCCGAAGCAACUGCGAACGAAAUUCCAGGAAGUCUCUCUUCCCGGAUCGGGCGUGUACGGGCAUAAAAGUCGUUCUCUCUCUGCGAUCGACUCGUCAAAGGCAUAUCAGCAGCCUAUAGCCGUCAUCCAUAAAUUCUCAAUAUCUCUGUCCCUCCCGCGAUAAAGAAGUCUCCCCCAGUGUCUCUCUUACACACAUACACACACACACACACAUACAGCUGCACAGGGAGCCGCACGCGACGCACACGUGAUCGUCGCGUCGUCGAUCGGCGAAUGGCAUAUAGCCACCCACCGCCGCCCCGAUGAAAGAGUAGGGCUUAAUCAGUUAGUCGAUAGGGAAAUUGGCUUAAAGUCACAGGGGGCUCCUGGCCUCUCUGAUGCCGAGAGCGAUGGAUAGAGCGAGAGCACUGCGGCGCAUACCUGUGCGAACGCGCCUCGUGAGUUUGCUCGAUAAGCGGUGAGAGAUGAGGUACAAGUGGUAGAGGCAAAAAUCGGCAGAAUCGGAUGAUUUGGAAAAGGACGCUUGGAUACGGUGCUCGUUCUCUGCUUCGUUGAGAAAGAGAGAGAGAGAGAGAGAGAGAGAGAGAGAGAGAGAGAGAGAGAGAAAGAGGAGAGAAAAGCUCGGAGAUGGAGACAAACUGCCGCUCGGCCGGAUAGCGGACCACUGCGAGCAGAGAGAAGCGGAUAAGAUCGAGUAGAAUGUCCAGCUGAUCGGUAUGAGGAGGCAUUCUCUGGCGAUCCUAUGCUGCUACCUCUACACCCUCUUUGACAUGGCAGCCUUACACUAUCCAGAAAUGGAAAGCGAGGACUACGGGAGGAAGGAGGUCUCGCUCUCCCUGAGGGACAUCCUGCCCAUAAACCCGAAGAAUUACGAUAAGCACAGGGCGCCCAAGUAUCUGGGCCAGCCGACCAUAGUCUACUUCCACGUCACCGUCCUCAGCAUCGACUCCAUCAACGAAGAGUCCAUGACUUACGUGGCGGACAUAUUUCUCGCGCAAAGCUGGCGGGACUCGCGACUGAGGCUGCCGGAGAACAUGUCGGAGGAGUACCGGAUCCUCGACGUCGACUGGCUGCACAACAUUUGGAGGCCCGACUGCUUCUUCAAGAACGCGAAGAAAGUCACGUUCCACGAGAUGUCGAUACCCAACCACUACCUCUGGCUCUACCACGACAAGACUCUCCUCUACAUGUCCAAGUUGACCCUAGUGCUGUCAUGCGCCAUGAAGUUCGAGUCCUACCCCCACGAUACUCAAAUAUGCUCAAUGAUGAUCGAGAGUUUGUCGCACACGACGCAGGACCUGGUGUUCAUUUGGAACGUGACGGACCCGCUGGUGGUCAACCCGGAGAUCGAGCUGCCCCAGCUGGACAUCGCCAACAACUACACGACCGACUGCACGAUCGAGUACUCGACCGGCAACUUCACCUGCAUCCAGAUCGUCUUCAAUCUGCGCCGCCGGCUCGGGUACCAUCUCUUCCACACCUACAUACCCUCGGCCCUCAUCGUCGUCAUGUCCUGGAUCGCCUUCUGGAUCAAGCCCGAGGCGAUACCCGCCCGGGUCACCCUCGGCGUCACCUCGCUGCUCACCCUGGCAACGCAGAACACGCAGUCGCAGCAGUCGCUGCCCCCGGUCUCCUACGUCAAGGCCAUCGACGUGUGGAUGUCGUCGUGCAGCGUCUUCGUCUUCCUCUCGCUCAUGGAAUUCGCCGUCGUGAACAAUUACAUGGGUCCGGUCGCCACAAAGGCCAUGAAGGGAUACUCAGACGAGGAUCUCCGGGAGGCCAUCGAUGAAUUCAAGACGCCAAUGAGGUCGGAGUCGGAGCGAAGCAGAAGCCCGGUGCGCCCGCCCACGGUGCAGUACGACACGUGCUGCGAGGGCCGCGCCACAGCCAUCUACAUCGACAAGGUAUCGCGCUUCCUCUUCCCCUUCGCCUUCUUCAUCCUCAACGUCGUCUACUGGAGCACCUUUCUCUGAGAGGGAGAGAGAGAGAGAGAGAGCGACAAACACUGCUGUACAUAUCGUGUACUCGAAUAAGCCAUGUAUAUUGUAUCGUCGCGAGGCGUACUUACAUGAUAACUCUGUCAAUACGAUUAUUAACUAUAUUUAGAGUUUUUUUAAGGGACUUUUAACACUAAUUAUAUGGACAUGUAUAACGACACGUUGUUAGCUCUCGCAAAGGCUCCGCGUAUAAGAGACAAGCCUGUAAAGAUUUUUUUCAAAGGAAUAAAAAGAUAUAAAACAGGGCUUACCUGUGUGUGUGUGUGUGUGUGUACACGACGAUCGACGAAGCUGAAACGGGGAAAGGAUCCUGGGGAUUGGGUGGACGAAGCAUAUCAAUGAAUAAGCGCAAGGAAACGUGAAUAAAGACAGUACUUUAUUUUGUCAUUAUUUCAUUCAUAUAUUCAUCUCAUCGGUUCAUAUAUGCAUUGAUAAUAAAUAUACUUUUCUGUUCUGCCCUUUUUUCAUUUCUCAUUUUUUUCUCCCUUAUAUAUGACGUCGUCGAUAAUCGUCCGUCGAGUUUAAUACAAUCGCGCAUGCGCUUCGCCUCUCUCUCUCUCAUCGAUGAUCGAUCCACGAUCGACUCGAGUACAACUCACUCGCUCUCACACAUCAAUCUCGCCUCGCUUUUCUCUCUUUCUCGCAAAAAACAUAAUAAACAUCGACCCGUCCGCUCUACGCAACGUCGCGCGAGUUCUCGAGUUUUCGGCCCCCGCAAUCCGCUCCGUGACCGGCGCGCAGCUCUCUCGAUAUAUUAAAUAUCAUCGUAUAUAAUAAAGGGAUCAACCGUCGCCGUCGUACGUUUUUUUCGUAUAUUAUAUCCGUUCUUUUUCUUUAAACUCUCGAGUAGUAGUAGUAAUAGUAGUACUUCGAAAAUAUAGAUUUUCUCUCGUUUGGUCCGAAGCCGCGGGUUACACACGUGUGUAUCUCUCCCUCUUCCUUCCUGCGAGUGUGAGUACAUUAGAACGAGCUCUCGUAAUAUUAUAUAUCGUAUAACGCGACGUCGGCGAUCGGUAGCAACUUCGGACUGAUUUUUCAUUAAUUCUCUAGUAGGUGUAGAACACGUUCACUCGCACACACACACACACACACACACGCUCUGGCUCUCUCUCUCAUACGCGCAAGUACAACAUUCGCUCGUCUCGUCUAUGUAUAUAUAUAUAUAUACGUAUAUCGCACGCAAAUUAUAUCCUAUACGGGUUCUUUAUAGAGGAUUUUUUCUGCUUUUUAUUUUCUCUUUUGCUCUAAGGCUACGGCGCACCUCGUGCUCUCCUCCUCCGCGAUAAUAUAAUAAUUUUUUCUUCGUCUUCAUUCUAAUAUAUUACUCUCCUCUCCUCACUCUCGCUUAUUGUAAUACUCGCUAAGACCUGUCUAUACAUGCGCUCGUCGGUAAUUCGUCGUCGUUCUCUCUCCGCCCCCGCUAAUCUACGCGAAACUUCGCUGCUGCUUCUCAACUCGUCAGUUUGUUUCUAAUUUUUUCGCCUGUUUUUGUGUCUGUGUGUGUGUGUGUGUCGCGUGUCUGCUGAAUGAAAAGAAAAACGAUCAAACGAUCGGAAUUUGCGUGAAACUGUUUAUUGUCAACAAAAGUGCCUCGUGCUGGAAAAAAA